AAAUGUUAUAAAAGAACAGCGAUUUCUUUUCUUGUUUUCAGUCAUUAUCUUUCUUGACUUAAUUAUGUCCAACAAAAUGCAGUAUAUUCGCUUUGGUAACACUGGUAUGCAUGUCUCCCGCUUAACAUUGGGCUGCAUGUCUUAUGGUUCGCCUACUUGGCAAAGCUGGAUUAAGGGUGAAGAAGAAUCUCUUGAACUAAUCAAAAAAGCGUAUGAUGCUGGAAUUAACUUUUUUGAUACUGCCAAUGUCUACUCAAAUGGUGAAAGUGAACGUAUCCUUGGUAAAGCUAUCAAGAAAUUUAACAUGCCUCGUUCUCGUAUUGUGGUGGCUACUAAAGUGUUUUUCCCUCUGAAUAUUCUGACUAAUCAACCAGGAGAAGAGCAAGUCAACAAUGGCGGGUUGUCUCGUAAGCAUAUCUUUGAUUCUGUUGAGGCUUCUUUAGAAAGAUUGGGUUUGGACUAUAUUGAUUUGUACCAGAUCCAUCGUGCUGAUCGUAACACUCCUUUUGAAGAAACUAUGGAAGCAUUGAAUGACCUGGUCCGUUCAGGCAAAGUCAGGUACAUUGGUUGCAGCUCAUGUUAUACAUGGGAGUUCCAAAAGAUGAACAACAUUGCUGAGAAGCGAGGCUGGGCUAAGUUUGUUUCCAUGCAGAACUGCUAUAACCUUAUUUAUCGUGAAGAAGAACGUGAAAUGAUUCCUUACUGUAAGGAUGCAGGUAUUGCUAUUAUUCCUUGGUCUCCUUUGGCUAGAGGCGUUCUGACUGGCAAGAACCGUAGAACUACUCGUACUGAAAGUGAUCCUAACAUCAACAGACUCUUUGCCAAGGAACAAGAAGUCAAUGACAUGAUUGUUGAUCGUGUAGUAGAAAUUGCUGAGAAACUCGGUCAUACUCCUUCACAGGUUGCUCUGGCUUGGAUGUUGACAAAACCUGAAAUUGCUUCACCUAUUGUUGGAAUUGGUAAAGAAGAACACUUGUAUGAUCUUAUCGGCGCUUUUGAAGUCAAAUUGUCUAAAGAAGAUGUCGAAUACCUUGAAGAGAAAUAUACUCCUCGUGACCUUAUUCCUAUGUAAAGACAUUGUAAUGCAAUAAAUUCCCUAAAUUAAUCUUGCAUGAAAACUGAC